AUGGCGGUUACUCGGAGCUUGCGGAGCACGCGGAGAUCGCGGGCGGCGGCGGCUGAGGCCGAGGCCGAGCCGGAGCCCGGCGAGGCGGCGGAGGCGACGACGGAAGCGGCGGAGGCGACGACGGAAGCGGCGGAGGAGGCGACGGAGGGGACGGGGGAGGGGACGGCGGAGGGGACGGGGGAGGGGACGGCGGAGGGGACGGCGGCGGGGACGGAGGAGCGGGCCCCCUCCUCGGCCUCGGCCUCGGCCUCGGUCUCGGCCUCGGCGGCGCCGGCGCCUCUGCUGCAGCAGAGCCGGGACUUCCUGGACCUGUUCUGGGGCAUCGCCAAGCCGGCCCAGGACGAGCGGCUGGCGGCCACGGCGGCGCUGGUGGAGCGGCUGCGGGAGCGGCCUCAGGAGGCCGAGCUCCAGUACGCCCUGAAGCGGCUCAUCGAGGGCCUGGGGGCCACUCGGGAGGCGGCGAGACCGGGCUUCAGCCUGGCCCUGAGCCAGGUGCUGCAGGCCUUGGAGGACGUCCCUUUGCUCGGGGUGUUGGAGCAGAUACGGGAGAAGCACGACCUGCAGCGGAAGAAGUUCUUGCGGAACGCCGCCUUCGGGAACUUCUUUGGGGUCUUGGCCUUGUUCCAGUCGGGCCGCCUGGUGAAGGACCACAAGGCGUUGGUGGAAGCUGUCCGGCUCCUGCAGAGCCUGGCCCAACACCGAAACCACCUUCAGGACCUCCCUCACCGCACACUGGUAGACAUCCUCUCAGAGGUCCCAGAGCCUGUGUUUGAGGAGGCCCUGUUCAGCAUCCUCCAGGCCGACUUCACCUCGGCCUUCAGCAGCCCUGAGCAGCUUCAGCUCCUCCUGGUGGGGCUCCAGAGGUUCCCAGGUGUCUUGCAGCCCAGAAAGCUGAAGAAGCUUCUAGGCUCGGCUUCCGUGGUCACCAAGGAGACCGUCCCCAGGUUGGUAGAAGUUUUGAGCACUGCAGCGAAGUCUGUGAAGAAGGAGAAGGUGCUACCCCCCGUGGGCCUGGAUCUCAUCCGUGUCGCUCUCCAGGAGGGUGCCUUUGACCUCUUCUGGAAGGACGUGGUGGAGGCCGGGCUCCUCGAGGAGCCUUCCGGGCCCAGCAGUUACGCAGCCUUCCGCCUGUUGGGCAGUGCUCUCCCCCUGCUGUCCCUGGAGCAGCUCCACAUGGUCCUCCAUGGAGAAGUGAUGCGUCGCUAUGGCAACCACGUGCUCUCCGCCCAGCUGCCUUCAAGGUUCAAAUUCGCGCCGGAGAUGGAGAAGUACGUGAGCACCUUCAUGGAGGGCUGCGAAGACCCUGAGAAGCAGCUGGCGGUGCUGGUGGCCUUCUCCUCCCUCACCAACCAGGGCUACCCAGUGGUGCCCAGUCUGUGGCCGGUGGUGAAGCACCUGCAGCCCGAGGUGCUGAACCGCUACAGCAGCUGGCUGCAGGACAUGUUUCUGCGGCCCGACCUCAGCAGCUGCCUCGAGUUCAGCACCAGCCGGCAAAAGAAACAUGCAGCAGAGGACGAAAGCAGGCGCGUGGAAACGACCGAGAAGUUUGUGUUUCGCCUGCGGAAAUGGCUCAUUCAGAGACUGACCAGCAUCGUGGAGAAUCCCCACGUGACGAAGGAUGAGGCCUUUGUCCUGGGCAUUGCCAGGUUCUGCUUUUUUCAUUCAUUUUUUGAAACAAAGAAACCUUCCAAGGACAUUCCCGAGUCACAGCAGCAAGUGUCUGUGCCGCUGGACAGCAAGAGCAGAGAUGCCUCUGGGAACGCCUUCUUCAGCUUGCUGCAGACCCUGAACUCCCUGCCCUUGCUGAGAGAUGCCCCCAAGACACCUCCAAGCCUGCCUAGAGGGAAGGCCAGCCACGGCGUGAUGGCGGAUGGCCAGCUCUGGACCCAGCAUCUGGUGCAGUAUGCGGACUUUCUGCUGUCCCACAGUAAGAAUGUCCGGCCCGUGAAGCCCUUCAGCACAGAGGAGAAGGCUGCCUGGGACCGGAUGUUGCAGUCUGCGGAUCGCCUGCGGCAGCGGGUCAAGGACAGCCGUGGGGCCGAGAUCACAGCCUUCCUGCAGCUCCUGCUCCUUGUGGGCAUCCAUCUUUUCAAGGCUCCUGGUGAGUGCGUUGACCUGUUGAGUGACCUACAGAACUGCAUCGAGAAGGCCUUGGACAAGAAGGCAGCAGCCGGUGCCCAGGAUCCCCAGUGGGUUGAGGUGAUGGUGGAGAUCCUGCUGUCACUGCUGUCCCAGCCUAGCCGCCUCAUGCGCCAGGUGUCCCGCAGUGUGUUCGCCCACGUCUGUCCACACCUGAACCGGCGGGCCCUGCAGCUGAUCCUGGACGUGCUGGACCCCGAACAGGAGGAGGAUGGGGCGGUGGUGGUCACAGAGGAGCCUGGCCAGAGGAAGAGGCCAGCUGCGGCUGGGGAGGAUGAGAGCGAGGAGGACUCAGCCAGCGAUGAGGACAGCUCGGACAACAGCGAGGGGAGUGAGGACCGAGAUUCAGACGAGGCUAGCGAUGGGGAAGUGGACAGUGGCUUCCGGCAGCGGCUGAUGACUGUGCUCCAGGCGGGAAAGGCACUGGAAGCCGAUGGCGAGAGCAGCGAGGAGGAGCUGGACGAUGAUGCCAUGAUGGCCCUGGACGCGCGCCUCGCCAGCCUCUUUGCGGAACAGAAGCUGCGCACACAGGCCAAGAAGCAGGAGAAGGACAAGAUGCAGAAGGAGAAGAACCUUCGCUGUGACUUCAAGAUCAAGGUUCUGGACCUGGUGGAGGGGUUCCUGAUCAAGCAGCCUGAGAACCCUCUGGUUCUGGAGCUGGUAGAGCCCCUGCUGGCUGUCAUCGAGCGUAGUAUGAGCCGCAACUCUGCCAAACAGGAGCAGGACUUCCUGCGCAAGACCGCAGACAUCUUCACGAAUCAGUUGUGCCGGGCCAAGCAGUACUGCCACAGCGUGGCCGGCCAGGCCGAGGACUUCCAUGCCAUGCUGGAGCGGCUGGUGCAGCGGGCCAGCCACCAGGCCGACUCCACCAUCGCUCUCUACCACUUCAGUGCCUCCCUCUACCUGCUCCGGGUCCUGAAGGGGAACGCCGCUGAGGUGCCAGCUGCCCUGUCCCCAAAGAAGCAGCGGAAAAUCAGUGCGCCCCCACAAGUGGAGGGCUCCAGCUGCCUGGACCUGGCCCGGGUGACGCGGCUAUACACUGAGGCACUGACCAGCUUCCUGUCCAAGCGAAACAGCCCUCUCACAGCCGCCAUGUUUGUGGACCUUUUCAGCCGCCACCCGAUGAUCUGUCGGCAGCUGCUGCCCGUCAUCCUCCCGUUCAUCACCACCGGAGCCCGGCCUUACCACCAGGCCCAGGCUUGCUUGAUGCUCCUGAAGGCCCUGCAGAUGCGGGAGCUGAGACAGGCCCUGGAGGGCCCAGCCUGGCAGGAGCUGAUUGGGGACAGCAUCAGGCAGACCACUGAGAGUCUGAGAAUGGUGGGCAUGGCCGUGACCAAAAGGACCCGCCUCAAAAUGUUCAAGGCCCUGGAACUCCUCAUCUUCCUUGUCAAAACUGUGAAGGAGGAGAAGCUGCCCACAAGCCUGGAGGCUCCCCUGGCUGUGCUCCAGACCCUGCGGCAGAGCAAGCACCUGGGUACCACGGGCCGCCUCUCCGACCUCACCUGGCAGGCCCUGAAGCUGCUGGGUGUCCAGCGCCCCAAGGAGGACAAGGUCAGGGUCUCUCAGAACACAGCCGAGGCCCCCGAGGAUCUGGGGAGACGGAAGCGGAAGAAGGGCUUCCUCCCCGAGACCAAAAAGCGCAAGAGGCGCCAGGAGGGCAGCGAGGAGACCCCCGCCACCACAGCUGCUGCCACAGAGGGUACGGGGAAGAGGAAGAGAAAGAGGAGAAGGAAAUCAAAGCAGCAUCAGACACUGCCUGGGCUGAACGGUACUGUGGAGGGCCCACAGUCACCCUCGAAGACCCCUGCACCAGACCCUAGCCAGACCGAGGUCCCAAGGCCCCAGGCCCUGGUGAACGGGGCCUCCAGGAGCGCAGCGGCAGGCUCUGAGGGGCCCAGAAAGAAACUCCGGGCCAGCAAAAGAAAGACAGGGCUGGACGCCACAUCCCCAGCUACCCCCAUGGUGAAAAAGGCCAGACUGCCCCCCACAGGGGAAAACAGCAGCCCCAAGGCCAGGCUGCGGAAAAAAGUGCAGCCACUGGGGCCCGAGGGCAGCCCCAAGUGAGCAGGGGGCAGCGCAUACCAGAGACUAUUUUUGUACCCCAGUCCAAUAAAGCCAGCCUCUUCCUGCCCCA